AUGAAGUUUCAAACCAUCGCCGCCGCUGUUCUCGCUUCCGUUGCUGCUGCUCAGGCUGGCUACGUCAAGUACUCCACGUCUAGUAGUUGCUGUGAAGAUAGCGAAAUCACGACUUUUGACGAUGAUUUCGCUUUAGGCAUCAAACCCAUUUGCGACGAUGUCAUCUACAUUGCCUAUGAGGUUGACGACGGCCAAUUGGAACACAACAAUGAGACCGUUUACUGUGAAACCUACCCUACUCACUACCCUACUUACUACCCUACUCACUACCCCACACCAAUCGACGAGUGCGAUGAAGAAUGCUCUACAACUUACUACCCUACUCACUACCCUAAACCAAUUGAUGAGUGCGAUGAAGAAUGCUCUACAACUUACUACCCUACUAAACCAGUUGAUGAGUGUGAUGAAGAAUGCUCCACCACUUACUACCCUACUCACUACCCCACACCAAUCGACGAGUGCGAUGAAGAAUGCUCUACCACUUACUACCCUACUAAACCAGUUGAUGAGUGUGAUGAAAAAUGCUCUACCACUUACUACCCUACUCACUAUCCUAAACCAGUUGAUGAGUGUGAGGAUGAAUGUAGCACCAGCUACAGCACCACCACCUACUAUACAGCACCGGUAUCAGAAUGUGACGAAGAAUGUGAGAAGGAAAAGACGAAGCAUGAGAGCAAGUACAAGACUUACUAUAAGCGUGAAGACUAUUACUCCAAGAAGAAGAGUGCAUAUGACGACUUGUGCUACGAAUACUGCUCGGUUGAUAUCAGCUGCUACGACACUUUCACUUUGUGCGAUGGCGUUCUUACUGACGAGGAGAAGAAAAUAGGUUCAAUCGUUGCCAACCACCAAUUCCAAUUCGAUAACCCUGUUCAACAUGACGCGUUGUACUCUAGUGGAUGGUCUAUUGUCUACAAAAACGGCUACUACUUGUUGGCCUUGAACGGAUCCACCACUUUCUGGGAAUGUGCCGUUGAUGACUAUGGCACUUACAAGAUCUACGAUAAAUGCAUCGGUGGUCAAUGUGACGAAGUUGAGAUUGUCAUCAUCUUUGACAAGUGCUACUAA